AUGACAACCUCCCUGUCGCAUCAUCAUGACAUCAUCGUCACCCAGCGCUUCCUGGACGUGGCCCUGCCCAUAUCCAGCGUCAUGCUGGUGCACAACGGCAACAAUCGCGCGCUGCAGCGGCUGCAGGGCCUCGCGCCCCGCGUGCACAUCGUGGCGCUCGCGCCGCACGUGGCCUCGUCGGCGCGGGCAAACCUCACGCUCGACGUCGGCUGGGCCAUGGCCACGCUGCAGUUCCAGCCCAAGGCGCGUGGCUGCGCACGCCUAGAGGGGUCAUGCACGCUGUCCAGCCUCAACGCCAUCAGCUGCCUCCACGGCUUCGCCAUCCAGGGCAACUUCGAGCCGCAGCGCCGCAACUACGCGCGCGUCUGGGAGCUGCUGCGCGUCCACGUCGCGCGAGGCCACCUGCCGACCAAGCCGCCGGCGCCGCCGCUGCACCUGCACCUGGUGGGGCGGGGCAGCGUGGACAACCUCAACCUGCCGGAGGGCGUCAAGUCGCUGACCACGGUGCACUUCAACCAGCGGUACCCGGAAUACUAUGAGCAGAUUCACCACACGCACGCGCUGCUGCUGGUGCUGGGGUCCCCCGCGUACCUCACCUCCAAGAUGAGCUCCACGGUGGUGUCGUCCCUCACCACGGGCGUCCCCGUCAUCGCUGACGAGGCGGUGCUGAGGGCCUACUCCUUCCUGGGCCACGAGGACGUGUUCCUCAUGCACAAGGGGGAGGACGAGGUCGACGCCAUGCUCAGGGUGCUGCGCAAGAGCCCCGCCGAGAUCUACCACGUGCACUCGCGCGUCCGCCAGCUCGCCACGUCGCUCAACGCGCGCACCGCCAAGAUGCUGCGGGAGCGCUGGAUGCCGCUGCAGAGCGAGGUCAAGAACCGCCACGCGGCCCUGCGCGUCGCCUUUUCCGAGCAGUAG